AUGCAUGGCGACAUCUUUGAUAUCAAGACCAUCACGCGGCAGCUCGUCCCCUUGAUCCGGCAGUACGGGCCCGCGUGCACCGCCAUCCUCGCACCCUCGAUCCGCGCCAACGUGCCGCUUUCCAUGCUGACCAACCAACUGUCGGGCUUCUACGGCCUGCCCGUCGCCGUGUCCAUAUCGGAUGAGGUCUCGCUUGACGAGCACGUCAUCGCUGGCAAGAUCUGUGUGUCGACGUUCCACCAAUUCAAGGGCAAUGAGCGCGAACUUGUCAUUGUCUAUGGCGCCGACGCUGGCUACUUCAAGUUCUUGGGCAGUGACCUGCCAGAUGAUCGGUGUCCUAACAGCAUCUUCGUAGGGCUCACGCGCGCGCUAAAGCAGCUCGUCGUCAUGCACGACCAUCAGCAGCGACCCAUGCCUUUCAUCAACGAGGACCAGCUGCACCAAACAGCCCAGUACCUCAACUUCUCCGAGACAAAGAUGCAAGAUACUGCCGCCAUCGGCCGGCCGCUUCAGUCGGGCCUCCUCCUCCCGAAGAAUGUCCACGCCUCGCUCGCGGCGCGCCACGUCCCCGUUGCGAUAUUGGAUGUGAUUUGCAAGACGCAUCUCGACAUCAUUUUGGUUGCGCCGCCGUUGGCAGAGAGCCACCACAUUGCCGCCCCUGACAAAGCGCUCACAGACGCUGCUAAGCUACACUAUGAGGCAGUCAGCGUGGAGUUCGGUUCCGUAGUCGUAGUGAAGCUUUGUUAA